AUGGCCGCUCCUGUCGGUGACAUUGGCCUCAUGGGCCAAAACCUGAUCCUCAACAUGAACGACAAGGGCUUCACCGUCGUCGCCUACAACCGUACCACCAGCAAGGUCGACAACUUCCUCGCAAACGAGGCCAAGGGCUCCAAGGUCCAGGGCGCCUGGUCGAUCGAGGAGCUCUGCGCCAAGCUCAAGCGCCCCCGCAAGAUCAUCCUCCUCGUCAAGGCCGGCUCUGCGGUCGACGACUUCAUUGCCCAGCUCAGCCCUCACCUCGAGGCCGGUGACAUCAUCAUCGAUGGUGGUAACUCCCACUACCCCGACUCCAUCCGUCGCACGAAGGAGCUCGAGUCCAAGGGCCUCCUGUUCGUCGGCUCUGGGUGCCCGCUAUGGCCCCUCUCUCAUGCCCGGUGGUCCCCCGCGGCCUGGCCACACAUCAAGGAGAUCUUCCAGGCGACCGCCGCCCAGGUCAACGGUGAGCCCUGCUGUGACUGGGUCGGUGAAACCGGUGCCGGCCACUACGUGAAGAUGGUCCACAACGGUAUCGAGUACGGUGACAUGCAGCUCAUCGCUGAGGCCUACGAUAUCCUUAAGCGUGGUCUUGGUCUCCAUGAAGACGAGAUCGCGGACAUUUUCACGACUUGGAACAAGGGCGUCCUCGACUCCUUCCUGAUCGAGAUCACUGCCAACAUCCUCAAGUUCAAGGAUGACGAUGGUCAGCCCCUCGUCACCAAGAUUCUUGACAAGGCGGGUCAGAAGGGUACCGGGAAGUGGACGGCCAUUGCGGCUCUCGAUGCCGGCAUGCCCGUUACCCUCAUUGGUGAGGCUGUCUUCGCCCGCUGCUUGUCCGGUCUCAAGGAGGAGCGCAUGCGUGCGAGCAAGGUCAUCGCGGGUCCCCAAAAGGAGCCGUUCAAGGGCGAAAAGAAGCAGUUCAUCGACGAUCUCGAGCAGGCUCUCUACGCGUCCAAGAUCAUGUCGUACACCCAGGGCUUCAUGCUCAUGCGUGAGACCGCGAAGGAGCUCAACUGGAACCUUAACUACGCCGGUAUUGCGCAGAUGUGGCGUGGCGGGUGCAUUAUCAAGUCCGUCUUCCUUGGCGACAUCACCGCGGCGUACAACAAGACCGCAAACCUCGAGUCGCUCCUCUUCGACGACUUCUUCAACAAGGCCGCCCACAAGGCGCAGCCCGGCUGGCGUCGGAUCGUUGCGCAGGCCGUGCUUUGGGGUAUCCCCACCCCCGCGUUCUCGACUGCGCUCUCGUUCUUCGACGGUUACCGCAGCGAGGUUGUCCCUGCCAACAUUCUCCAGGCGCAGCGUGAUUACUUCGGCGCCCACACCUUCAAGGUGGUCCCUGGAAAGGAGAACUCCAAGCUCCCCCUCGGCCAGGACAUCCACAUCAACUGGACCGGUCGUGGUGGCAACGUUUCUGCGUCGACGUAUUCGGCAUGA